AUGAUUCCCGGCAUUGACAAACCAUUUGUAGCCCUGGCUGAUGCCACGGGGGCAUCUACCGACGAACUCAAGCUCAUCUUCAGCUUCUUGACUUCGUACCCGUUGGCAGCUAUACUGAAGCGAAUACCCGACCGGUCACCAUGGAUGAAGAAUGUCUUCAUCAUCAGCGUUUCCCUCUUCUACCUGGUCGGCCUUUUCGAUCUAUGGAGCGGUAUUCGCACCCUUUUCAUUGAUGCAGCUAUGACUUAUGCCAUCGCGUAUUACAUCGACGGUAGUCUUAUGCCAUGGAUUGGCUUCGUUUUCCUCAUGGGCCACAUGUCUGUCAACCAUAUCCACCGCGAGAUCCUUGGCCAGCCAUCUACCAUUGACAUUACUGGUGCUCAGAUGGUCAACAUUAUGAAACUGUCUGCCUUCUGUUGGAAUGUCCAUGACGGCCGUCUUCCAGAAUCAGCCUUGACGGAUUCUCAGAAGUCUCGUGCAUUGACCGUUAUGCCACCGAUACUCAAAUAUACUGCCUGGGUACUCUUCUUCCCCUCUCUCAUGGUGGGUCCAGCCUUCGACUACGCCGACUACAACAGCUACAUCAACACCAGCAUGUUUGAUAGUCCACCAGGAAAGCCUGCACCACCUACGAAGAAGUCUCGUCGAAUUCCACGCUCCGGCAGGCCCGCCCUGAUGAAAUGCCUCACCGGCCUUGCCUGGCUGGGUGCUUAUCUGGCACUGAGCCCCCGAUUCAACACAGCUGCAGUCACCUCUCGCGACUACAUGUCUUACUCUUUGCUUCGUCGCAUUGGGAUGCUCUGGGCUCUCGGCAUCGCCACUCGCACCAAAUACUAUGCCGUGUGGACGCUCACUGAAGGGGCGUGUAUCCUCUCCGGUCUGGGUUACAAUGGCAUGUCUCCCUCUACCAACACGCCACGUUGGGAUCGCCUGGAGAAUGUCAAUCCAUUUGGCAUCGAGUUGGCACAGAACUCUCGGGCCUACCUCGAAAAUUGGAACAAGAACACAAACUACUGGCUGCGGAACUACGUCUAUCUGCGGGUGACGCCUGCUGGCAAGAAGCCUGGGUUCCGCGCUUCACUUAUGACAUUUGGCACCAGCGCCUUCUGGCACGGUUUUGCGCCGGGAUACUACCUAACAUUCAUUCUCGCCGCGUUUGUGCAGACGGUGGCCAAGAAUUUCCGACGAUACAUCCGCCCAUUCUUUCUUGCACCGUUCAAAGACAACUCUGACAAGAAUCCGGCUGCACUACCAACGAAACGCUAUUACGACUUCUUGUCCUGGCUCAUAACGCAGGUCUCGUUCUCCUUUGUCACGGCGCCUUUCGUGCUGCUCUCCUUGCACGACAGCAUGAUGGUCUGGGCACGGGUAUACUUCUACGUUCCGAUUGGUGUCGCGGCUGCUCUGGCAUUCUUCAGUCCAUUUCUCCCCUUCAAAAAGAUGUUGGUCAAGAAGCUCGAUGCACGCAACCAAAGACCGGACGGGAAGCUCAGCAGGACUCAUUCUCACGAAUCACUCGACCCACCCACCUUGCUUGGCUUGCCCCAUGACCCUGGGGCGCAGAUCGAUGACGCAAUUGACGAAAUUCGUACCGAGAUCGAGGCAAGACGCAGGCGAGGGAGUGUUGUGCAGAUGCCCACAGGAAACGAGCUACGUAAAAUGGUCGAGGACAAGGUGGGACGUGGUUUUAAGAUCGAGACGGACAAGGAGACUGGACGCAUCAAGGUCAGUGUGGGCGGCGAGACAGCUGUGGUACCGCAGGUAGGUGUCAAGAAGGAUCUCUGA